AUGAAAAAGAAUACGGACGAUGUAGUGAGUAAAGUUGGUUCAACAGGAGAGCGAAUGAUACUAAUUUCAAAAUCAGGAGGACGUCAUCCGGUUGACAGAAACAUGCUUCUUCGAACCAGUGAAUAUUUCCAAGGUUUGGUGAACAGUGGAAUGAGAGAUGCCCGUUAUAGAGAGCUUACGCUCGAAUGUUUAACGAAUGAAUCCUUAUUAGCAGUAAGGGAUUAUUUAUCCAGGUUGUCAACCAACGAGAUGGAAAGCAGAGGUACUUCAAGCCUGAAGUCGUUAAACGAAGUAGAAGCAGGGUUGGAUGGUGCCUUUUAUCUACAAAUCAAUGAUAUGAUUGAUAGAUACAUUGAGAUGUUAUUGAAACAUUUGAACGAGUCAACUUGUAUUCGUAUUUUGGACAUUGCCAACAAAUACCUUCUAAUUGACCAAGUGGUCAAAAAAGUUAUUGAAUACGUUUUGAAAAAUUUUAAAAAAAUUUCAGACAGUUCAAAAAUAUCAUUAUCACCAAACGAAAUGUUUCGCUUGGUUGCUUCAGAGGAAAUAAAUGCAGACAGCGAGAUGGAUAUUUUCAAUCUGAUAAUCAGGUGGGUUUUGGAGGAUCAGACGAGGAAAUGUUUUGCUGAAAAAUUGUUGACCGAAGUGAGGUACAGUCUGAUGACAACCUCAGGGAGACAGAAAUGUACCGCCAUUCUUAAUUAUAUGAAUUUAAAUAUUAGCUGCGAUGCAGAUAAAGAUUCAAAUAUUUCUCGUACAGUUGGUACGCUCUUUGUGGUUGGAUCAACUAAAAGCAAGGAUGACAACAUCUUUAAUAUGCUGCCAGUCUAUAAUUUUGUCGAAGCCUGCAAGGCCAGUAGCAACGGCACUGAGCCACCCGUCAAAUUCAAAACAGGAAAACAGGGACCCCCACCAUCUUUGCGGGGUUAUAACGCUUGUGUGGUAGACAACCUUUUGUAUUUGGUCGGAGGAGAACCGUUCACUCGUAAUGUUUCCGUGUACAAUCCGGUGACAGCAGUCUGGUCUAAGUGUUGCAGCACGCAUCUUGCGAGACGUAAUUUUUACCUUGGAGGACUAGGUGUCAAUCUAUAUGCAGUUUCUGGUUACACCAGAUACUUCAAGCGAACUCCAACAGUUGAAAAAUACAUACCGAGUGAAAACCAAUGGCACAUGGUGGAACCUUUACCUGUUGCUCUAACACGUCUGGCAGGUUGUGUGUGCAAUGGUACGAUAUAUGUCAGUGGCGGGUGUGAUGAUAGACGAGAUGUAAGGAAUCUGGUGUACAAGUACGUCCCUUCUUGCAACAAAUGGUUCUCGAGGGCUCCCAUGUUGACUGCGCGUUGUUCCCACACUAUGACAUGCACGGAGAAGAAGAUUUUUGUUUUUGGAGGUAAAAAGGGAUCUAUAGAGAAUGCAAUGGAUGGAGAGAUGUAUGAUGUAGAGAGUGAUCAGUGGUCAUCUGUGUUGAAGCUGAAGUUGCCUGUUUGUGAUUCACCAUCCAUCGCCAUCAACAACUGCCUCUACAUCUUUCAGUACGAGAUCCUUUCAGACUAUACGUGGCGUACAGUUACUCAAAAUAUUAAUCUGACGAAGUUCUUGAAGAAGAAUAAUACGUCAAGUGAUUCAAGUUCAUCAUCAGUGCAAGGCAGGAAUGCUAAUAAUAAUAAUCUUGUGACCAAUGAAGCAAAGGUACAGAAUUCUCCUGAUGCUCCCACUAAUGAUGACUGUCAAGUUUUUAGAUACAAACACGCCAACAGCGAAAUGCAGUUUUAUUGUCAUUACGUUGGUGUCAUGGCUAUGUCGGAUAUUUGA